GCAAGGAGCGCACCGCAGAGAGACAGAAGAGAGAGACAGACACACAGAGAGAGGGAAAGGGGGGGGAUCGCGCCCCAGGGGCUCCAGAUGUGCUGCCCCACCGCCGCCUGGCCAGCCCCCGAAGGCCAGACCUCCCCAGAAGGCAGCCCCCUUUGAACCAGUGGCCUCGGGAGGGAAAAGGAAAGAGGAGUCCCAAGAGGAGACCUGGAAGAAAGGCCCCUCAAACCCCGACAUCCAAAGAGGAAAAGGGCCGGGCCUGGAGGAAAGGUGUUGAUCCAGCUGUGUCUGUGUCUCUGUGUCGUUGUUGUUGUUGUUGUUGUUUUGGGGAGGGGCCUCCGGAGCCCCUCUCUCUCGGCACCGCUUUAAAAAGGAGGCGGAGGCGGCGGUGCUCCUUUCGGCGUCCCUUCUUCUUCUCCUUCUUCUUCCGAGGCCGGCUCUCCUCUCCAAAGGCAGCCCAGCCGGAGAAGCCGCCAUGGAGGUGGCCACCGACCAGCCCCGCUGGAUGGCCCACCACGCCGCCGUGCUGAACGGGCAGCACCCGGAGAGCCACCACCCGGGCCUGGCCCACAACUACAUGGAGCCGGCCCAGCUGCUGCCUCCGGACGAAGUGGACGUCUUCUUCAACCACCUGGACUCCCAGGGCAACCCCUACUACGCCAACUCGGCCCACGCCAGGGCCAGGGUCUCCUACAGCCAAGCCCACGCGCGGCUGACCGGGGGCCAGAUGUGCCGCCCGCACUUGCUCCACAGCCCCGGCCUGCCCUGGCUGGACAGCGGCAAGGCGGCGGCCCUGCACCACAACCCCUGGACGGUGAGCCCCUUCGCCAAGGGCCCGCUCCACCCCUCCGCCGCGGGGCCGCCGCCCGGGGCCCUCUCCGUCUACCCGGGGGCCGCAGGAGGAGGAGGCGGCGGCGGAGGAGGCGGCGGCGGCGGGGGCUCGGGCUCGGUGGCCCCGGCCUCCCACGCGGGCUCCCACCACCUCUUCGGCUUCCCGCCCACGCCGCCCAAGGAGGUCUCCCCGGACCCCAACAGCGGCAGCAGCAGCGCCGCCUCGCCCGCCUCGGCCAGCCGCCCCGAGGAGAAGGAGGCCGGCGGGCUCAAGUACCAGGUCUCCCUGGCCGCCGAGGGCAUGAAGAUGGAGAGCGCCAGCCCGCUCCGGAGCAGCCUGGCCGCCGCCAUGGGGGCCCAGCCGGGCACCCACCACCCGAUCCCCACCUACCCCUCCUACGUCCCCGCCGCCGCCCACGACUACGGAGGCAGCCUCUUCCACCCGGGCAGCUUCCUCGGGGGACCCGCCUCCAGCUUCACCCCCAAGCAGAGGAGCAAGGCCCGCUCCUGCUCAGAAAGAAAUCCGGUUUCUUCGUGUUUCCAUUUAGAAGGCAGAGAGUGUGUCAACUGUGGAGCUACUGCCACCCCUCUCUGGAGAAGAGACGGUACUGGGCAUUACCUGUGUAACGCCUGCGGGCUCUACCACAAAAUGAACGGUCAAAACCGACCUCUCAUUAAACCUAAACGGAGGCUGUCAGCAGCUAGGAGAGCAGGAACCUGUUGUGCGAAUUGCCAGACAACCACCACUACCUUAUGGCGGCGUAAUGCAAAUGGAGAUCCAGUUUGUAAUGCCUGUGGACUUUACUAUAAAUUGCAUAAUGUGAACAGGCCUCUGACCAUGAAGAAGGAAGGAAUCCAAACCAGGAAUAGGAAAAUGUCCAACAAGUCCAAGAAGAGCAAGAAAGGCUCAGAAUGUUUUGAGGAACUUUCCAAGUGCAUGCAGGAAAAGUCGUCUCCUUUCAGCGCUGCCGCCCUUGCCAGUCACAUGACCCCGAUGGGCCACUUGCCCCCUUUCAGCCACUCUGGACACAUCCUCCCAACACCUACCCCUAUCCACCCAUCUUCCAGCAUCUCAUUUGGACAUCCGCAUCCAUCCAGCAUGGUCACCGCCAUGGGAUAGAAUUGGGAGAUCCUAACAAGACUGCAAACACUGGGCUUGGCCUACAGGUGACAACAAAGAUGGAUUCUGCCCAGAAGCGAAACAUAGAGGGAAGGAAGGAAGGAAAAGGGGAAAUCUCAUUCCAGCGUGGUUCAACUCCUAGUGCUAGACUAGAACUUGGUAAUUAUGACUCUUCUGCAGAAAUGCUUUUAAUGGUGCCUGUUAUGCACUUUCCCUCCCUCAGGUAAAAGGAGAAAGAGGAACUCACCUGUUUGAUAUGAUGCCUGCUCUAGUCCCGGCAGAAAGUAAAGAUGGCUGAAGUGGUAGAAGAAGCUGGAGCCAACUUUCUUUCUCUUUGUUCAUUACUGUGAAUAUUGUAAAGAGAUUAACCACCUCCUGAAACAGAGGAAGCCCAGUGGUAGCCACCCAUGCUGGAUUUCUAUCACAGACUGGUGUUCUUGGGGGAGGGGAAGAAAAAGGACAACUUUAUAAUAAAAAAAUCUACUUUUUAAGAAAAGAAAUCAGACACAGAAAAAAUAAAAAAUAAUUAUUUAUUUUGCUCUUGUGUUCUAGAAGGAGUGUCAGAACUCUUGCAUGAAUUUGUGGAUCUUUUUGUUUUGUUUUGUUUUGUUUUUAAAGAUACAUCCACCCUAGUAGAAAACAGAGAGGGAUUUUUUUUUGAUUAAUUGUUGUUAUUCUUGCUUAAUGGCCACACUUUUGACUCUCUUCAUUGGUGUUAGACUUAAACAGAUCUACUAGCCAAGGGGAUGUGUGUCAGAGAGAGAAACAUUUAGCUCUAAGGUUACAGUAGCUUCAAGGUGUGGAUUAUUUUUGUCAUAAUUUCUGCAUUCUCUUCCUCAAUGUGAAGAUCUUUGGUCAAAAGCAUGGCAUCCUGCAAGAAGACAGAACACACUGGACAAAUGGUUUAGACGUUUCCCAUACCUGACUGCAGUGCUUUAAGCCAGGCUUACCCAACUCAGAGCCCUCCAGGUUGCUGGAGCAAAGCUUCCAUUAUCCUCUGUCCAUAACUAUGGUUGCUGAGGAUGAUGGGAGCUGUGCUGCAACCAGUCUGUAGGCACACUAGGUCAGAGAUCCCUUUUCCUUCCUCCAAGUUUCAUGAUACUGUAGGUGCUGCAUUGCCUAGCUUCACAGACUUGUUUUGCUCUGCCUCUGUGUUCUGUACCCUGUGGUCCUCUAUGUCAGUGCAGGGUUUCUUUCUGCUUCCCUUGGUGUCUUUAUCUGCCUUCUGUCCCUUCCAUGCAUCUAAUAGAAGCACUGAUAUGUAACGCCUUCUGUAGUGCAUGUGCUGGUGUGCUUAACUUCUCCCCUACCAGCCUGUCCUGGAAACCCCCAACUUUAACAACCACUCUUAUGCAAGCAUACUCCUUGUAUGCUCCACCAGUCAUAUUGGUGGUUCUUGUGCCAACUGUUUAGCUGACAAAGGCAAUUCAUGGUGCCAUCCCUCCUGUGCAGAAAGCCAGCAUGGUAUAGUGUAGACUAUGACUCUGGAGAGUAGGGAUUGAAUCACUGCUUGGCCAUGGAAACCCCUGGGUGACCUUAGACAAGUAACACAUUCUCAGCCUCAGAGGAAGGCAAACUCAAACCUCCACUGAAUAAAUCUUGCCAAGAGAACCCUGUGAUAGAUUUGACUUAGGGUCGCCAUAAAUUUGAAACAACUUGAAAGCAUACAACAGUAACCCCUCUUGUGCAUACCUAUUGAGCAGUAAGUCCCAUAGAAUCCAGUGGUGCUUACUCCCAGGUAAACAUGAAUAGGAUUGUAUCUUGUGAUCAGUCUUACCACAGAUUCAGGCCAUUGGCCCAUGCUGCUCAUCUUGAAUGUUGGAAGUGGCAGUGAUUGGUUUUGCAGGAGAUGGCAAAUUUUGAACCUUUUGAGACCUUUCAUUUGCAUUUGUUUUGUCUCACAGCAGAAGAGAGAAGAACCUUGGGCCCUGAUUGCCAUUUCUGCCCACCCCCCUUGUGAUCUCAGUCUCGCCCUCUGGACUUCCCACUAGGACCCUUAGUGGUUUCCUAACAUUGCCAUAAUUCCCCCCUUCCCAUUCUUAAAGGUUGAAACUCUUGAAGUUACUGGGGACUUUAAAUUGAAAUGUGCUGGCAUUUGUGGGCCUUUCGCCUUUGACUUCACCCUCCAGUGGAAUUCCCCCCCCCCCAAAAAAAAAUCCCAAACCCUCUCUGGUCUUCAAGGGGAAACAAGUGGUCAACCCAUGCUCUAGCAGAGUGUGUUCUUGGGUCUAAUGUGCAACUUCAUAUCAAAGCAGCAGAAUUGCAGAAUUAUAGAGCUGGGAGAGACCACAAGGGUCCAUCCAGACCAACCCUGCCAUUCAGGAACUCAAAAUCAAAGUAUUCCUGACAGAUGGCCAUCCAGCCUCUGUUUA